CUGCUGCUAUGAUUGGCCGCUGUAUGCAGCGCUUCAGCCUCCUUGAAUGAGAAACAGGGGUAACCAGGCAACUUCAGUGCUGGGAAAAAAAGAAGACAGAGCUUUAUGGGAUCCCAGAAUUGUGGAAAAAUUUCGAACAUACACAAGCAAGGCAAUGUGAUUUUACCUUCCGUGUCCGGCAAAUGGAAUUAACAAAUGGAUUUUUUUCAAACGCGCUCUCUCUCAUUGGGGGGGAAAUAGAGCGCUCAAAUGAAGGGGAUACAGAUGUGGAUUAAAACGCAUAAAUGGGACACUUCAGAAAAGGAUCCGUUGAGAAAAGUGCUCACAGCUAGUGACUGGGAUGAGCUGUCGGACUGCAUCUAAAAUAUUCUACCAAAGAAUAAUGUCCACUCCUGACCGCCUCUGAAGAGCAAUACUUGAUCCGAUCUUUUCUCUGCUCUCCCCUGGGGGGAAUUAUUUUGUGAGCAAUAGGUGGACCCUCUGUAAAGAGCAACAGUAGACCAUGUGAUACUUGACCUUAACUGAGAGCUCAGGUACACUCCAGAAGAUGUCAAAUCUGAUCUGAAGCCGCUCUCAAGAGGAUCAUUCAGCUCUAUCACUCAAUCAGCUUUUCAUGUGUUCUUUGGCAAUAUUGAAACAUCAUGGGCCAGCAGUGACGGAGGAUAGUUACCUAUGCUGGAUCUUCAUUAACCGAGGAAUACCAUACGUCUCACCAUGGAUUUGAAAGAGGUUCUCUGCGUUCCAGAGCAGCUCUGAGAAGGACCAGAGGGACGGACAGGACAUUUGAAGUUGGAGGAUUAGCUUGUGUGCUGCUAACCCAUGGUGGAUCUACUGUGAGCGGGACAACGGACUCAGCAGUGGAGGAUGUCAGCAGAGGCCGAGCUCCAGCCAGGUGUCAAAACCAGCCAGAGAAAGGAGUCCAGGAGGAUCAAAGGUCAGGACCGCAGUGAGGCGGGGCUUAUUAAGCGUUUCCGUGGAGAUGGCGUGCGCUACAAGGCCAAACUGAUCGGGAUUGAUGAGGUGACAGCGGCGCGCGGGGACAAGCUGUGCCAGGACUCCAUGAUGAAGCUCAAGGGAAUGGCUUCCUCGGCACGUUCCAAAGGGGAGCAUAAGCAGAGAGUCUUCUUGACAGUCUCUUUUGGCGGGAUCAAGAUUUACGAUGAAAGAUCAGGGGUGCUUCUCCACCACCACUCAGUCCAUGAGAUCAGCUACAUUGCCAAGGACACCAGGGACCACCGGGCCUUCGGCUAUGUCUGUGGGAAGGAAGGCCACCACAGGUUUGUGGCCAUCAAGACGGGACAAUCGGCGGAGCCUCUUAUCAUCGACCUGCGUGACCUCUUCACGCUCAUCUACGAUAUUAAGCAGCGGGAGGAGAUGGAGAAGAAAGCUCAGAAGGACAAACAGUGUGAGCAGGCAGUCUACCAGACCAUUCUGGAGGACGAGGUGGACGAUCCGGUUUACCAGUACAUAGUGUUUGAGGCUGGACACGAACCCCUCCGUGGCCCCCAGUCAGAGGAGAGCGUUUAUCAGGUCCCUACCAGUCAGCAGAAGGAAGGGAUCUAUGAUGUCCCAAAACGCCAUUUCAUGACUAAUAUCAACCACUUUGAUCUUUUCGGCGACAUGUCCACUCCUCCCUCGAUGCCUCCCUCACCUGCCAACACGUUGGACCCCAGCAGGACCAACCGCCAGCAGCAACACCCCCCUGCCGAGAUGUACGCCCCCUUCAGCCCCACCUCUGUGCCCUCAGGUUACAUGACCAUGGGCCCAGUGCAGGCUGCCCAGUGGGCACAGCAGCCAUUCCCUGCCCAGGCUCAGACUCUGGCCUUCCCCAUGCAGGGGCCGCUCCAGGUGGCUCAGGUCCUCCCCAGUGGUCAGCCAGUCAUCUGGAGCCAGGCGAACAUCUUCCCAGCCACACAGCAGCAGUGGGCAGCCAUGGCAGCCUACAUGCCAGCCCAGGCUGUGGGCGUAGGGGGCCAUGCCAUCCCAGCUGCCAUGCUACAGGGCCUGGUGCCCAUCACCACCGUGUGCCCCCAAGCCUGUGACCUAUCAGCUCCCUCCUCGGCCAUCACCAGCCCCCAGCACACAGCCGACCCCACCCUGCUACAAAGGCAGCUGAGCCUGGGAAAAGAGGGCCUCGGUGGGGACUCAGAUGCAGGCGAGGGCCCCUCCACAUCAGGAGCUGGAGGUGCAACUGGAGGUGCAGGUGCAGCAGCUGGCCUCGGGUCAGCAGCAGCGAGCAGAUGCGGGACCCCAGGCCCAGUAAGCAUACCGGACACACUGGUCUGCAGCCAGUUGCUGCCGCCCUCACCUGCUGCGACCCAGGAAGAGGAAGGGAGCUGUAGUGACCUUGACCUCUCCAGGAUGACUUUGAGCCCAGGCACAUCCACAUCACCGUCCUCUGACUCCCCGUCCACUCCGGCCCCCCAGCAGAGCUCCUCUUCAGACUGCCCCCCCUCCCAGGCCAGUGACCCUCCCACAGAUCACUCCCCGAUAGACCCAGAGGGCAACCCCAACAACGCCAAGGAGGAACAAUCGGCCUCUGUUGGUGCGAGGUCACUGUCUCCUGGCCCCAGUGAAGCUCCUGAUCCUCCUCAAACCCAGACCUGUCCGCAGGAAGACAGCUAGAGAACAACAGACAGUGAGAGAUGGAAGCUCUCCAGGCCUAGAUAGAAGCUCAUGAGGAAGACAAGAGGACAGGAAAGUCUUGACAGGAGAGGAAUGAAUGACUGUGGACAACAGCAUCUCUCACAGCUGGAUUACACAGACAUUGUUCUGUAUUUUCAACCAUUAAAGGAAAUAUCGGCAGUUCAACCAUAACCUGGCUAGAAUAGGAUCUGUUUCCCUCCGGAGGACACACACUCCUCGCAAAGACAACCAGACUUUUGGCUUUAUUGUCAAAUCAAAUAACCUUUCAACCAGAAAGUGACCUUUGAUCUUUGACCCACACACAGAACAGCAAGUCAGUGCAUCCUCCUUUAAUGGAUCAGUGGGUUUAUAGCAAUGAGGACAAGUUAUAGUCCACGGUGACAUGGAUGAUGCAAAUUAUUUUUUAGGAACUUUCAAGAGGAGCAGAUUCCUAUGUGGCUGACCUUCAAUUUGUUAACUGCCACCAGCGAAGACUGCGCACAACAGAUGGAUUUGCCAAAUGUUCUCAUAGUGUUGAUCAACCGAUUUGUCCAUUUGCAUGAACGGAUUUUGUAUGUGGAUCCAGCGGACUCGACUGUGAGCAAAACUGUUCUCUACAGCUUCCUUUUAAGUCUAAAACAAAUCGCAUUAUGAUUUUCUUUUUUUCUUAUUUUUUAAGCUGUGAAUUCUAAGUUGAUGACACCGAGUCAUUAGAUAUAACAAAAUGGCUUCUAAGCAUCAAUACUGAGAUCAAAAUUUGCCAAACAUCUAUUUUGUAAAUAAGAUCCUCCCCGUCCCCACACCUGAGCCUCUGUGCCAUAAGAAUAGCUCUCUUGCCUCUUGGAUGCCAACUACCUGUGUUUCUCUCAAGCAAUGCCCGACCAGCACCUCCAUUUUUUGACGUCUGGAUGUUUGUUUUGCUUUUGCUGCCAUUUUUUUUUUUUUUUUUCUCGAAAAACCUCUUUGUCUCUGUUUGGUCAGUGACAUACAGUAUGAACUGUGAAUCUGUGUUGCAUAGUCAUUCAAAGUAAAGCCUGCUGUACCUGUCUCACCUGUUUUGAUCUUGGCAGAUGAAAGAAAUGAAGGCAUCCUCAAACACAAAAAUAAAAGAAAAAAAAUCCACGGGCCAGUUUCUUAAAAGUCACAGUCACUUUUUUUAGUGGGUGGCAGGCAGAUUUCCCUGCGUAUUCUUGUUUGUAGAGAUUCUCGAUUUCCAAAAUCCAUCGUUCAUGGUUUGCUUUAAAAUUCUGUACCCACACCUCACAUAUCAGUUUGGUUUCUUGAACAAAUAAAAUGAAUAAGCCCAUUCUGAUAUGAUACGGCUUCAUAUUCAUGUUCGCUCAGAGACUCUAGAGUGCAUCUCUAUGCCUUAUCAGUUGUACAGGUUUUUCUGUUGUCCAGUCACUGUUCUCCUUGUCCAGUCAUUGUAUACAAUAAACAGGUCAUUGUUGUAACAAAGCGUUUGGGCAUAUUUGUAGGUCUGCUCCAUGGAAUCAAAAUGGCCGAAAGAUGGCAACUUUAUAUAAUAUGAAACGAUAGAGAUAUCACUAUUAACUUCUAGACUUACAAUGAAGAUGGUAACUGUAACCCUGCUCGUGUAAGAAAAAAAAAAGAGAAAUAGUCCAAAAUAUUUUGUAAAUUUUAUUUAUGAAAUCGAGAAUUGUCAUGAAAAAGAGAGAAAAAAAAGAACUUUUGUACGUCUAUCUCUUCCCCACACACUGUACCCAUCCCACUGUUCGGUCACAAAUAAAAUAUCAUGUGAUUCCCACAUUU